UGACGUAGCUCCGCCCCGGACUGUCCGCGUGCUGCUGGUUGCGAGCUCAGUCAGUGAGAGAGGAUCCUCGCGACCACGUCGAUCUUAACGGCUGUCUUUGACGUUGAAACGGUCACAGGCUGCUGGAUUAAACCGGUAACCUGAGCAGAUUCCGGCGUUAACAAUACACGGUGGAUUGUCCUAUGAUGGAGGAGCUACAUGAUGUCCAGCUCACUGAGAUCAAACCACUGCUGACAGGACAGGUACCAGUAUCCCAGCAUGGAUGAGCUGGCUGAGAUGCUGCCAUCUGUCAUGACCCAGCUUCACAUAAAGAGCGUGAUUGGUAUCGGCGUUGGAGCCGGAGCAUACGUCCUCACCAAACUGGCACUGAAUGAGCCCAGUUUGGUGGAGGGUUUAGUUCUGAUUAACGUUGACCCGUGUGCCAAGGGUUGGAUCGACUGGGCUGCCUCCAAGCUGAGCGGCUGGACAAGCAACCUGGUGGACAUCAUCAUGGGGCAUCACUUCAGCACUGACGAGUUAACAGAGAACAAGGAAAUAAUCCAGACGUAUCGACUCCACAUCUCUCAGGAUAUACCACAGGACAACCUGGCCAUGUUCUACAACAGCUACAGCAGUCGCGCCGAGCUGCAGAUGGAGCGUCCUGUCUCUGGCCUGAAUGAGAACACAGCCACCACCGUCAGGUGUCCCACUCUGCUGGUCGUCGGGGACUCGUCGCCUGCCGUUGAUGUCGUGGUGGAGUGUAACUCCAGAAUGAAUCCCACCAAGACCACAUUGCUCAAGAUGGCAGACUGUGGAGGACUUCCUCAGGUGGUUCAGCCUGGAAAACUAGCCGAGGCCUUCAAGUACUUUGUGCAGGGGAUGGGUUACAUCCCUCAUGUUGCUUUACACCACGUCAGCAGCCAAUCAGUGCCCACGGCGGGGAUGACCCGGCUGGUUCGCUCCAGGACUCACUCGGCCUCCAGCGUGGGCUCCACAGACGGCGUCCGGAGCCGCAGCACCACCAACGAGGGCGCCAACUGCGCCGAGCCUGACAACACUGCAGUACACACCGUUGAAAUGACUGCAUAGGACUGUUCCCGUUUCCUCUGUGUACCUGCAGUUCUCUCGUCCAAUCAGACCCUUCCUUUCUUUUAGUUGUAAAAGUUUUUCCUGAAAAUAGAAAGCUCUCAAAAGCUUCACUUCCAGCUGCCUGUUCUCUAAAUUUGUUCCCUGUGAGUUUAGGGUUCGUUGAAUGAUGUCAUAAACAUUUCGGUGUUAGCUGCCGCCAUGUUGGCUCCUUUUUCCCGCGCUCUGUAGGCGUUACUGCACACAGGUCAGUCGGUUUGUGUGUAUACACAGCUGUUGUGUUCCUUCACUGCUCCUUUCUCACUCCUGAUUUCUUCUUUUAGUCAUUACUCUUAUAUAAUCAAUAUUUUGUUUAUCUUUGCUGGUGGUGUUGGUUGAUAUGAAGCUCGUUUCUUAAAUGAACCCUUCUUUGGUGCCCAUUACAAAGUGGAUGUGCUUCCGACCCAGAUGUAUUUUUGUAAUCGCACUGACAGAAGAUCUGUGACGCGAGUUUGACCUGGUUUAACGGCAAAAAACGGCAUCGCGAGCUGCGGUUCCCUAAAUGGUUCCCUCGGUGUUUGUGAGAGUGCACCAUGAAGCCGGGUCCUGGUACAGCUCAGUAAACACAUUAAAACAUGAAGGUCAGUGGGACUGAACUUUGAGCUGGUUUCGUCCGAUGCUGUUUUGCUGAUGUUUAAACGGGAUUUUCUUUAUUCGUUUUCUGUGGCCGUACAGUUUGUUUUGCCUGAGCUUCAAGUGUAAAAACAACUUAGAGAUUUUUUUCCAGAUAAUUUAGCGAAACAUCCUGAAGUCUGCCUGUUACCUCCACAGUCUCCUCGCUUUCCCGUCUCUGAAGCUCGGUUCAUUCGGCCCGUCCACAGCAUGCUCCUUGUAGAGUGUUGGCAUGCAAACUGUGCCGUGGUGUCAGUGUAGUGAGUAAUGAGAUGUUGUUCAGCUGUAAACCUGCUGCUCUCCAUCUGAAACAAACCAAACCUCAGAUGAGGAUUCUCUAGGCUGAAGCUGGCAGCAGGGGGCGCUGCUGUGUUUAUUGUAAAAGGUUUAAAAGAAAUGGGUGAAUGGGUGAAAAACAGGAGACCCCAUCCUGAUAAAACCACAGCCAGGACACUCUACGCUAUCUGAACACUUGAUUUUAUUUUCCAGGUAAUCUCUCCUAGAAUUUACCAAAAAGUUGCCAUUCCCAAGACAGCCCGACGUGAUGCGGGACAAGUUACCAGGAAAUGGAGGUGGUCGUAGUUGCUGCAGAAAUCUUGGAGCAUUUCUUGGAUUCUGGUUAUUUGUAGGAAUUGUUUUUUGGGGAAAAAAUGUUAAUGAAAACCUUCACCACAAGGUGGCGGUGUUUUACCAGAAAGCUGUGACGACUGUGAAAGAAACACUACUGUACAGAUGUUAACGCUGAUUCACGGCUCCAUCUAGUGGAUCAAAGUGGUAUUACGUGAUAGUACAGCUCAGCCUUGUUUCAGCAUUGGCUGAGAUCUCUGCAGUACGUAGAUGUUGUAGACAUGAGAUGGGAGCUGCUGUCAGUUUUCUCACUGCAUAAUAAAAGUGUCACACUUGGCAGAAGGCGUUUCUACUGGAAACAAACAGCUGAUGUGUAAAAGAAACAGAAUGAACCAGGGUUUUUUCACCCACUGAGAAGCUGCUUUUCUCCUACAGUUGACAGCAGGCUGUUUGGCUUUCUUGGAAAUGUCCUGCAGCUUUCAAGGAACAUUUUCUUGGAACGUGAUGGAAAAUACAGCCGAGGCCAAAGGGUGACCUUGGUCGUGGUGUUGCUGCCCCCUGCUGGACGAUUCAGCAGGAAACGAACGCCAGUGUUUGUCAGCAGCUUUUCAUGUCGACUCUUAUGAAACAUUCAGGUUUGGCGGCGACAGCAGGGUCGACCCAUAAACUGUUCACUUCCUUUCUUCUCUAUAUUCUGACUGUGGUUCUGUCCUUGUUGUAUUUAUUACACUCAUUUGUGUAUUACUUUGGAAAUUUCUACUGAAGCUUUGGUAGCGGUUCUGUUACAGAGAAGUUUGUUUCACUGGAUGUUCCACGAUGUAAACACGGUUUGUAAUGAAAUAAAACUCGUUAUCCAGA